AUGUUACACUUGAAAGAAAAGUUUAGCUCGGUGUAUGAAAACAAGAAAUAUACAGAUGUGGCCCAGAUAAAAGAUGUGUGGAAGUGGAGAUGUGGUCCGCUGCUGACAGAGAUUCUUGGAGCUUCAUUUGAUGCCAAAAGCAAAUUUGAAAUAACAUUGACAUUCCAAUAUGAACAUUCAAACAAGGAGUGUAGCUUUUUGUUAGAUGCUGAAGACAAUGACACAUUUCGUAAACGUAAACAGGAUAGAAGGUACAAUAGAAAGAAGACAACAUUUGCUGUCUAUACUAGAGCUAAUGUAGCCAAAGCUGCUGAGCAAAUGCCUGAAGAGGAAUUUAGAAGGAGUUACCAGUGUCCCCCAUCAGAACCAAGAUCAUAUACAAAGUGUGAUGUCAAGUGCCAAAGUGAAAAUGUAUUUGUUGCAGGUCGUUAUAACAAAUACAGUAGAACAUUGAGUCAGACACCCUGGUUGAUUGAUGGUAUAAGUAAAACAGAAUCUUCUGUAGAGGAACUACUGGAGAUGGAGAUACACAAAAACUUCAGACCUUCAGAGAUCAAGUUUUCAUCAUCGGGCAGAGAGGAUGUUGAUGUUCUAAUGCUUGGAAAUGGACGGCCAUUUGUAUUAGAGUUAGUUAACCCAAGAAGGAGGGAAUUUACACAGGAACAGAUGGCAGUUAUGCAGGAGGUGCUAAAUGCAAGUACAAAAGACAUUAAAUGCAGAGAUCUACAGAUAGUUAGCAAGGAGGACACAGAUAUUUUGAAGGAAGGAGAGAUUGACAAAGUGAAGAAAUACAGUGCUCUAUGUUGGUCCAAACUUCCUGUUACAGAUGAACACCUGAACACAUUGUCAAGUAUUAAGGACUUAACCAUACUUCAGAAAACACCAAUUAGAGUGCUUCAUAGGCGUCCCUUGUCAACUCGUGCCAGGAUGAUUCAUCAGAUGAUAGCAACAAGGAGAGACGAGCAUCAUUUCCAACUUGAGAUGUCUACACAAGCUGGAACAUAUGUUAAGGAAUUUGUGCAUAGUGAUUUUGGAAGGACCAAGCCAAAUGUGUCAUCUUUGUUGUCUCAGGAAUGUGAUAUACUGGAACUUGAUGUAAACGCAGUUGAAUUGGACUGGCCGAAGAAGAUUGACAAAGCCGAAGAAUGUGUGACCUAAAAAUGAUGAAAUUAAAUCAAUUUAAACAUCUGAUUAAUCCAUCAUAAAAAAUAUUUGACCGAGAAGAGGCAGUAAGAAGAUGAUAUAAUUGCACAGCCAGUCAUCAAUA